GGAGCCUGGCAGGAGAGCGCAGAGAUCAUCAAGGACUACAGCGAUGAGAUGGUCGCACGCUGGAUAGCCGAGAUGGAUAACCUACUCGUUUUCUCUGGCUUGUUUUCCGCAGUCCUCACCACUCUUGUCGCCCAAACAUACCCAGAUCUUCAACCAGGUUCUCCGGACCAGACCUUAGCCGUGUUGCAGCAGAUAUCCUUGCAACUAGCGAGCUUCUCCGUGAAUCAACCAUUUGUCAAUUCUACACGGCCCGCGUUCACGUCCACAGACGAGACCCUCCCCGCCGUAUCCUCUUCUACGGUUGUGCUCAACACACUAUGGUUCUCGGCCCUCAUUCUUAGCCUUUCCACGGCUCUAGUGGCGAUCAUGGUCAAGCAAUGGUUGAGCGAGUUUCGCUCUGGUCUCUCCGGUACAUCAUUGGACGUCGCACGUCUGCGACAGUACAGGCUGAACAAUCUCGAGAGGUGGCACGUCGGGGAUAUAGUGGCCAUUCUCCCA